ACGUGUCGGAGGAAAGAGAGAGACACAGGAGAGAAAAAAAUGGAGGCUCUGGCGGUGUUUGGAGGAGGAAGUCCAUGUCUUUCCUCAUCUAUUACACGCUCAUCUUCUGAGAGAAUUUGCAGCUUAUCCUACACCCACAACCCCACCAUUCGUUAUUCUCGACAUCACCACCACUUAGCUGCAUUCCCUUCUACUUCCCAUCUUUUCUCAUAUUGCCUAUCUCGUCCCCAUGCCAAACUCCGUACCAAAUCCCGUAUCUUCCUUCCCCAUUUGGUUGCUGCCUUGGAAAAUGUUGAACAAACUUAUAUAAUGGUGAAACCAGACGGAGUUCAACGUGGUUUGGUUGGAGAAAUAAUUUCGAGGUUCGAGAAGAAGGGAUUUAAAUUGACUGGCUUGAAGCUUUUCCAGUGCCCCAGAGAGUUGGCAGAGGAACAUUAUAAAGAUCUCAAGGCCAAAUCAUUCUUCCCUAAACUAAUUGAGUAUAUUACAUCAGGUCCCGUUGUGUGCAUGGCAUGGGAAGGUGUUGGUGUUGUGGCAUCAGCCCGUAAGCUUAUAGGGUCUACAAAUCCUCUUCAGGCUGAACCAGGAACUAUUAGAGGUGACCUUGCUGUUCAAACAGGAAGGAAUGUGGUUCAUGGGAGUGACAGCCCUGAGAAUGGCAACCGUGAAAUAGCUCUCUGGUUCAAGGAGGGUGAAAUAAUCCAGUGGACUCCUACUCAGGAACCAUGGUUAAUAGAGUAGUCUUUCACUGAAAGCUCAAAACUACAGAGGCGUGCAAUUUUGGAAGGGUGGUUCUGGGCGCCUGUAUCUUCUAUUUGGCAAGUAGCAUCUCUGAUUUUGAGACAAAACAUUUUGGAUAUAUAUGUUCUCUAUUUGCUAUUAAUUGCUUCUAGUUAUUAGAAACUUCUCCUCUUUGUUGUACUGUUGUACAUGUGACAUGGAGCUUGGAAGUUAGGCUGCAUAAGCCCCAGUAUCGAUUGAAAUAAUGAAUUCAAGCAAGAGUCUUCUUUUAUAA